CUUGCCAUGAACGUCCUCGUGCUCGGCGGCACGGGUCCUCUCGGGCUAUGCCUUCUCAAUCAACUCGUGGAAGCUAAGACCAACCCUGACUUCCCUGCCAAGUUGGAUGUCAUCACCGCUGUAGUUCGCCCGGCCUCCAAGGACAAGAUCGGCCAAGAUACCCUCGCUGGAGUCAAAGUCAUCGAAGGAAACCUCCUGGACGAAACCACGCUGACUCAAGCGUUGGACAACCAAAACGUCAUCAUUGUGGCUGUUGGUCAUGGAUCGGUGUGCCAUGAGAGCCAAAAACUGUUGAACGCCCACGCAGCGACUUCCCAGGCGCACCGCGUCGUCGUCGUGACGUCCCUCGGCACGAACGAAUCAUACGACGAAUGCAAUUUCUUCACCAAGACGCUCGUGAGCACAGUUUUGCGUACGGAAAUUGGCCACAAGAAGAUCCAGGAAGACUUGUUGCGGUCGGGGCCGUUUAGCUCGUCGGACACGAAGGAUUUCGUGUUGGUUCGGCCAGCCGGACUCACCGGACCAGAGGUCACGGGCGUGUACACUGCCGCAGAACACGGCGUUGCCGGCGGUCGGAUCACGCGCGGCAACGUCGCGCACUUCAUUGUGAAUGAGCUCUUGUCUGGCAAAAAGGGCGACAAAUACUCCAACAAAUCAUUCCAAUUGGCCUAGUCCUAAUACCGAACUACAGGUGCAGAACAACCAAAUGUCCUUGUGUUCUCCCUAGUUCUACACUGCAACAGGAAUGUGUCGAUGCUUUGUUAAGUGAGCCAGAUGUACUAUUCGUAGACAUAUACAUGCCAACACUGUAAAC